CCCAAUCUCUUUCAAACCUCGUUUGUCUGCAACCCAAUUUUACUCAAAUCCAACGAAAAUGCGCCCAACAAACCGACAAGAAGUGCUCGCGCGUUUGCGCAAGACCAUCGCCGAUGGCUCCAUCAUCGUCGGAGCCGGAGCUGGAAUCGGGCUCUCCGCCAAAUUUAUCGAAAAAGGCGGCGCCGACCUCAUCCUGGUCUACAACUCCGGCCGCUUCCGCAUGGCCGGCCGGGGCUCUCUGGCGGGCAUGAUGCCCUACUCCGAUGCCAACGCGGUGGUGGUUGACAUGGCCUCCGAAGUCCUCCCCAUCGUGAAAAACACCCCCGUCCUCGCCGGGGUGUGCGGCACCGACCCCUUCCGCGACAUGCGGCCCUUCCUGCAGCACCUGCGCUCGCUGGGCUUCGUCGGGGUCCAGAACUUCCCGACGGUCGGGCUGAUCGACGGCAAGUUCCGGGCCAACCUCGAGGAAACGGGGAUGGGGUACGAGCGCGAGGUCGAGAUGAUCCGGCUGGCGCACGAGCUGGACCUGGUGACGACGCCGUACGUGUUUACCGUGGACGAGGGCGAGCGCAUGGCGCGCGCGGGCGCGGACGUGAUCGUCGUGCAUCUUGGAUUGACGACUUCCGGGACGAUCGGGGCGCAGACGAGUUUAUCGUUGGAUGAGAGUAUUCACGUGAUUCAGGAGGUGAGGGAUGCCGUCGUGAAAAUCAAUGAGGAGGUCAUUGUGCUAUGCCAUGGGGGGCCGGUGGCCAGCCCGGAGGAUGCGCAGUAUGUUUUGUCUAGGGUGAAAGGCGUGCAUGGGUUCUUUGGAGCGAGUAGUAUGGAGCGGUUGCCGGUGGAGAGGGCGAUUGAGGAGAAUGCGAGAAGGUUUAAGGGGGUUAAAUUGGGUUGAGCUCACUUUGUACUCUGGUGGAUAGGUUUGUUGUUGUUGUUGUUGUUGAGUGGAUUUGUUGUAUGUGUCGAGGUGUAAACUGAUGUAUGGAUGGAGGAUGGAGAC